CCACCCCCGCCUCCACCAUUUGUGUAAUCGAGCGUCGAGCUGCAUGAUCUGCACCUCUGCAAUUAUGCACGUUUCGUGUCGGAUGGGAUUCUCGGAAAACGCCGCAAAGCCGGCGCAGGCACGGAGCACCGGCGACACCGCGUCCCCCGCAACUUGUUAGCGUGUUGUGUUUGUGUGUGUGUGUGUGUGUGUGUGUGUGAGCAAGAGGCGGGCUCGUCUUGUUUAUCCAAAAUGACUCGACAUGGCCGUGGCUUUGACUCAACGUACGCGGCUUUGCGAGCGACCCCUGGGAACCGUAACCAGUUGAGAGAGUGAGGCGCAAAUCAUCUUAAUGAAAGUCAUACGUGGGGUUGGGUGGCCAUGGACCCAUUCAGCCAGCUUAUCCUCACCAUCUCGGUGACCAGUUUCCUCACCUUCCAGUGGCUCUUCCACAAAGUCAGCCCCUGGAUGUCCACGCGCAUCAGCCCAGGCUUCCUCGGCCUCAGUGACAAGCAGAAGGUGGAAUGGAACUCAAGGACGGUGUCAACGUUUCACGCACUGUUGGUGGGAAUCUUCUGUCUCCACAUCUUGUGGUUUGAUGAUGCCGUCAAUGAAGACCCAGUCUGGGGAGAUCCUACACUGGUGAAGACUAAUGUUGCCAUCACAACAGGCUACCUCAUAUCUGAUCUGCUGCUAAUAUUUUACUAUUGGAAGGCGAUAGGCGACAAGUUUUUUGUAGUUCACCAUCUGGCAGCGUUGUAUGCUUACUACUAUGUACUGGGCCAUGGAAUGUUGCCUUAUUUUGCUAACUUCCGUCUACUCGCUGAGUUUUCUACACCAUGUGUGAACCAGCGCUGGUUCUUUGAGGUACUAGGGUAUCCCAAGUCCUCCCGGCCCAACAUGGCGAAUGGCGUCGCCAUGGCAGUAGUCUUUUUCAUGGUCCGCAUCGCCGUCAUGCCAGUCUACUACAGUCGUAUGUAUGCGGUCUACGGCACCGAGGCCUUCUACCUGGUGCCCUGGGGUGGCCGCGUAGCCUGGAUCUGCUCCAGUAUCUGCUUGGACAUCAUGAACGUUAUGUGGAUGCAUAAGAUUGCCCGCGGCUGCUACAGAGUGCUGCGCUCGGCACGCAAGAGCAAAGCCAGCACACCUCAGGAGAAUGGGAAGACGGAUUAAGGGAACCAGGGUGUCAGUGGUGAGAAAAUGCCACAACUGAGACAAAAUGACGUCCCUGUCAGUGCAUGGGCGAGUAGCAGCUUGGACACUUGCCCUGUAACACCUGGGACAAAUUCUAUUACAGGGCCGAAUGUAAUGAGGGAAAUGUAGUUUUUUUUUGGAAAGCAGGCGCAGUCGCUGAGAUGUACCAAUGGACCAUUUAGCUGGCCAUCCAUAAGCCAUGAAAUGACCUCUUAGCAAUACUCUGUGCAUGGCCAAUUAUUUUUCUCUUGAACAAUUUACCACUACACAAAAGAGGUCGUCCCGGGACAAUGGACUGCCCAACUACAAAUUGUCAAAAAAGUUUACCUUUCUUUACGUACUUAGUGCUCAACAAAACAACUUUAAAAUGUUUUUUUUAUUAUUAUUAUUAUUACUGCUGCCUAAGUCCCAGAAUAAAAGUGAUGAAAUAUAAGGGUUGAUGAUGAAGCAAAGAUUUGAGGGAACCUUGAAAACAUUCAGUGAUUCCUCAUCAGUGGUCAGUGCCAUAAAAUGAUUGUCAGAUGCCUGUUGAGGAGAGGGGUCAAGCAUCUCUUUUUUUCCUCGGUAGAUCUUGAGCUAAAUUUGCAGGGACUUGACUGACACGAGAUGGGAUUACAUCAAGUGCAAUCACAGAGAAGCAUAAGAAUGGAUAAAUCAGUUCAUCGCUCACCCACUGUCAUUCAGUAAAGAGGUUCAUUUAAAAAGCCAGCCUUUUUUAAAGAAGUGUAUUGGCAUAUUGUGAGUCUUGGUUUCAUUUGCAUUUGAAUGGUUAAUUUAAAUAACGGAGGGUUGAACGGGCAUCGGUACGCUGUAUGUUGUCUAUUUCUUUUGUCUUGCUGGUGUCAAGGCAAAUAGGUUUUAAAAGAUACAAACGAUUAAACAUAAUUGUUUCUAAAGAAAGGGAGCCUGAUGUACAGAGUACUUUAGAAAUGCUUAAAGGGAAACUGAAUGUCAGUGCUGUUUGUACACUGACAUUAAGCAAUGCAAGUACAUUCAGUUUCCUUAAGGAAACAUUGAGGCAACAAUUAGCUUUUUACAUCCCCAUGUUUUAAUGUGUAUACAGUAAUUCACAGAAUGAAAAAAAUAUCACAUUGACAAAGAUGUGUUGUUGACACUGUUUUGUGGGAGCCUGCAUUAUAUUUAUUUCACAUUGUGCAAUGCAUGUUAAGGGGUAAAACUAACCUUCGGAAUCUGCGUCGUAGACAAACCUAAAAAACACAGAUUGCAAACAGCAGCUGCUUUGAAAUGUUCAUUUAUGCCAAGAGGGGAGAUGUUAUUAAGAUUCUGACACUUGUUUUUUCCAGCAUCAGGUGUUGACCUUAGGUUUUUAGAAUAUUCACACUUUCCUAUUUAGGAUAUCUUUCUAGGCACAAACUGUUUAAUUUACCCCUAGGCCAGAUUUGCCAGAAAAUUUUGCUGUGUGUGUUUUUAUUUUAGCCAGCAAAUUAAAGUAAGUACAUGAUUCGAGUACAUUCAUUUGAUUUGACUGAAAUCAUUGGAUGUGCUUCUGCAGAUUGGAGUUUUAUGUAAUGUUAAGACAAUAAGUGUUUCAGUUGGUAAUAAUUUUGUAUACGUCAAGAUUUUGUAAUUGUUUUAGAGAAUUGUGAUACACAUAACUUCUGCCUCAUAUUACAUAAUCCAAUCAGCUGUUAAACAUAAUGUGCACUCUCAUAUUUAUUUAUCAGACGGAUACAGUGGAUGUGUUUUCAGUGGACAUGAAUCUAUAGAAAGGCUGUGAAGAUUGACGUUUUACUUGUUUUCUUAAGCGUCAUUCUACUGACAACGCAGACAUGUUGAUCAUCAAGAACGCCAGAACAAAUCCGUUCAGAAGUUGGGACAAAUGUAUCAUUUGUUCAGAUAACAAAGUAAUUCACGGAUGAUUUAUGAGACACGUACUUGAAUUUUCAUUGUAAAUGUAUCUUUUGAGCUGUACAUCAAAAGCUUCUGUCAGAUGUUUUGUGAAACAGAAACGGGGGUUGCCAGUUUUUAAAUACGCCUUGCUAUGUUCAGCAUUUGAUUUUGUUGCCUUUUUUAAACAACUUAUGAUUGCACAGUGAAUAUUUUGUUACACCCAACUCCUCACAGCACUGAAAAAAAUGUGUCGUUUUUCAGUGAUUUUACUUGUGUGUUUUGCCUGUCUGAUGCCUGUCUCACAUGAUUGUUUGGCCUUUGUAAUAGAUCAGUUUCAAAUGUAAAACCAAGAGGCUUGUUAAAGCUGGUUUUUGUUAGUGCUUUUUGUUUUGUUAUGGUUUUAAAAUUUCAAAGAUUUAUGUAUUCGUGCCAGUGCUUAAGCCACUUCAUGGUGAAGAUGUUUGGGUUUUUUUUUUUUUUUUUUUUUUUUUUUAAUCCAUGAGCAUUUGCAUACGACAGUGCCAACUUGAAACCAUGAUUUAAUGGUUCAGAUCGAUUCUGUACACAUAACCAUCCCUGCACGCUGUGGCCGGUCACUGUACGUUGAGGCUCAGUUUAGUUUGUCACAGUAAAACAGUGUAAAAGACUUCUUUGAGUUACGCCAUCAAUCACUGGGCAGUGUGCUUGGAACAGGAUGGACUUGACAACUGAUUAUGGGUGGAUGCCAUCUACAUUACAUGUGGAUAUCACUAUCUCACAUCUUAAGAGCCAGGAUGUGGUGUUUGUUAAUAUUUCACUGGAAUUAAAUGGAAAUCAUGCAGGGUUUUUUUUCAGGAAAGCAGGCCACAUCUGGUAGAAUCAGCGGUGGCUCUGUAUGCAAGGUCAUGCAUGGUCAAUAUGGUCUUCUUCUUCAUGCACCCUCUAUAACUGCAUGUGGUAUUGCAUGGAGAUUGCACUGUAAACAAAAUAGCAUAUACAUUUUCAAAACAAAUUUUGUUGUUUUCUUUUUCUUAGUACAUGUACAUAAUGUUUAUUUAAACGUUAUUCUUGUACUGUGCCACAUAAUGUAAUCCACAGAUGACGAUGAUGAUAUGAUGUGGUGAGAACAUCAUAAAGCAGAUAUUUAGUAUAAUAUCCAGCACAGAAAUAAUCAGUAAGGGAAUACUUGAAUACUAAUCAGCACAGUUUAUAACAAUCUGGGCCGUGCAAAUAAACAUUAAUCUAAUGAGCAUCUUGCUUUAUAUGCGUACCAUUGUCUUUAUUUUAUUAAUCCAAGAGAAGUAGACAUAAAACAAAGCAGAUGCUAUGGUAAUAGAGAGAACACGGUGCUGCAGUCAGCUAGUUAAACUGGUGUAGAUGUUUCUGUUCUGAAUGUUGUGUGGAGGAGAUGUGAGUAAGUGGAGUGUUUAGUGACAUUCUAUGAAUGUAUUGGAGAAGAGAAAAUAUUUGUCAUUUACAUUUUGUUCUUUACAAUAAAUACCAAAUUACCUGA